AUGAUGACGAGGAAAUGGGACGACGAAGAGCUGAACCUGAGGGUCUGGGAGAAAGGAGAACGGAUUUCGGUGAAUGAUCCCCGCCUGCUGCAAUACAUCAGGGACCAGGUUCUCAUUCCACCUCUUUCCAGGGAUGUGCCCUACAAGCUCGCAGACCCGAGGAAACAGCACUUCUCGCAGUCUCAGGAGCAGAUAAUUUUCCUAAAUGAAUCCUUUGGCGACUCGAUGACUUUAUUUGGAGGGAAAGCAGUUGGAGAGAUGAUACCUGGAAAACAGGGAAACAAUGAGGUACGGAAUCUCGUCUGUUUCCCGUUGGAGUCACUCCUCGGAGCCAUCGGUCAACAUAAUGUAGACUUCUUCAGUUUGGACAUUGAGGGACUGGAUUACGAUGUCCUCAGCAACAUUCCUUGGGAUAUACUAAAUAUUCAAGUUUUCAUUAAUUGCAUCCUACUACUGUGCCUGGGAACGAUCCUCGGUUUCUUCCUCAUCUCGUACCAGCUCGAUAACGAUCAAGUGGAAAGCGCGAAUGGAUACUUCAAAACACGGUAUUUCUUCUUCCGGGACUGGAUUUCCUCAUUAACAGAGGUGCAGGUGGAGAAAUGGAACGAAGAGGAGCUGCGUGCGAGAAUCGUGGAGAAUAAAGAAAUAAUUUGGGGGAAUGAUUCCCGGCUUCUGCAAUACAUCAGGGACCAUGUUCUCAUUCCACCUUCAUCCAGGGAUGUCCCUUAUGACCUUGACGAUCCCAAAAAGCUUCACUACUCCCAGACAGGCGACCAAACUCGUUACCUCAAGAAAUCAUUUGAAAACUUUAUCGGAGGAUUCUUCAUCGAAGCAGGAGCCUAUGGUGGGGAGCGUUUUUCUAAUACCCUCUGGCUCGAAAAGGAAAAAAAUUGGACUGGUCUUCUCAUUGAACCAGAAUCUAACAAUUUUGAGACUUUGAAACGAAAGCAGAGAAAAUCGUGGCUGGCGCAUUCCUGCCUCAGUCCCAACCCUUAUCCCCAAAUGGUAUUACUUGCUCUUCCCCCCCCCCCCCACUCACCCGACAAAAAGGUUCUGAUGGUGGAAACCAACAAAGGAAAGAGGAAUGAGAUCCUGAAGUUCAUGAAAGACAAGAAGUAUCGGCAUGUGGAAAAGAUCAGUUACGACGACAUUUUCGAGAAACCAUGA